GGAAGAGAAGCGAAGGUCCUUUCCAGCCAUCUUGUGGCAUCUAGCAGCGAGAAGUUCGCACCAAGCCUCGUAGAAUCGGAGGAGAAUCCUGCUGAAGGGGCGCCAUCAUGCCCGGACAUCUGCAAGAAGGUUUCGGCUGUGUCGUAACCAAUCGGUUCGACCAGCUAUUUGAUGAUGAAGAGGAUCCGUUCGAGGUGUUAAAGCAGGCCGAGACCAAGAAGAAGGACGCGGCCGUUCCGGGGGCCGCUAAGACCGCGGCGCAGGCUGCCAAACAGCCCAAGAAGGAGUCGCAGAAGGAAAGAAAAGUCACCGCUCCCGAGAAGAAGGAAGAGACCACGACGCCUGUUCCUCUCAAGAAGGAAGGCAUGAGGAGGAUGGGCCGGCGGCCGGAGCAGCAGGCUCAGCAAGGCUCGCAGCAGGGGGGUCAGGGCGAGGGUCGCCCCCAGGCAGAACGACGCACCGAGAGAAGGCCUCCACGCGAGCGCCGAUCAGAUAAACCCGCCGAGGACAAGCCAGCCGAGGGUGCAGAGUUCUCUGUGGACAAGUCUGUUGGCGAGCGGCCGUUCCGAGGCCGCGGUGGUGGCAGAGGAGCCCGCGGAGGUAGGGGCAGAGGCAUGGGCCGCAGCGACGGAUUUGACUCGCGUGGCAAACGUGACUUCGACAGGCACAGUGGCAGCGACCGAUCCAGCCUUAAACCAGAAGAAAAGCGAGGUGGAGGAGGACCUCAUAACUGGGGCACUGUCAAGGAUGAACUGAGCGAGCUAGACCAGUCGAACGUCACAGAGGAGUCCCCCGAGGGAGAGGAGCACCCGCCCGCCGAUUCUGAGAACAAGGAGAACGAGGUCGAGGAGGUGAAAGAGGAAGGGCCUAAGGAGAUGACAUUGGAUGAAUGGAAAGCCCAGCAGGACAAAGAGAGAGCUAAGGUUGAGUUCAACCUUCGCAAGGCCAACGAGGGAGCUGACUGGAACAAAGGAUACCUGCUGCACAAGUCCAAGACCAAGGAUGUAAGUGCUGUGGCUGAACGGCACCUGUCCGACUCAUCCUCCUUGGCUCAGUUAGACGACGCCUCUAGCGAUCACCACUUCCGCAAGCCCGCCAACGACAUCACGUCCCAGCUGGAGAUUAACUUUGGGGACCUGGGCCGCCCUGGACGUGGCCGUGGAGGACCCCGCGGAGGAAGAGGAGCCCGUGGGGGCGGACCUACCAGACCGCCUCGCGAGCGCAGGCCUGAUAAGGCGGCCGGAGGAUCUGCCCCCGACGUGGACGACCCGGAGGCUUUUCCAGCUCUGGCUUAAGCGUCCUGAUUGGUAGCUUUGAUCAGCCUGCCACUGAGCCCUGCUUCCCCGGGCCCUUCGCUACGAGGCUUGCAUGCUAAUGGAUCCUUCAGCAGAUGAUAUGAUGGAAGACUGUCAUCCAUCCCACUCACCUCUCGUGGACUGAAUUUUACUUGUUUUAGAAAAAAAUGAGAAAAUUGUACAAAAAAAAUUGAAAGGACUUCUUGCUACUUGGAAGCAAAUUAUCGGUAGAGGUUUUGUAUUCAGAAAUAAAGUAGCAGGGAUGUUUUCAUACAGUGUUGGCUUUUUUUUUUUUCCAGACAUUAUGCAUUCUCCAUGAAUACAUUUUUUUUGUACUGCUGUACUUCUAAUGUAUGUGUGAAGAGUGUGUUAGGUUGUGGUGCCAUUUGGCUUGCUUUCUAUUUAAGCCUUAGAUGCACUGCUAGGAAUCACGCGACUGUUGUAGAGAGAGAUUUUGGUUAAAGAUUUUAUCUUUAGCAGCUUCUGCUCUGAAAUCCUCAGUGAAAGUAAUAUUUGAUUUGUUGCUCAAGGCCAAAAUAAUCGAUUUGUCUACCUUCAGCAUCGCAAAUGAUAAUCUGAGAUGUUUCUUUUUUUUCCUUUUCCACCGGGUUUGACUGAUUUGGCCAUUGUGAGAUUCAGUAUGUUGUAUUUGAGUUUCAGUAGCUUUGCUCUGAGGAUGAUCUUCACUCAUCACAGCCUUUAUUAGUUUUUCAGGUCGAGUUUACAUCGCGCAAUCUUUACCCGAACCAGUAGGAGAAAUCCGUUCUGAAUAUUCAAAAAAAAAAAAAGUUUGGUUUCGAUUUCAUCUUUAGGUUUUCCUUCUGCCCCAUUUGCUUUUUACAGCAGCACUACUGCAUAUUUGUUCUGAAAGAAAUACCAGCUGUUCAGUGUGCUAUGAAACUGUGUGAAUUCUAACCCUGCUAUUAUUCAGACCUCUGUCCAUAAUUAAAAGACGGUCUAUUCA